AUGGAGGCGGCUGUCAGCGGCCGAGCCCGAGUGCAUGAAGGUGCCGGGAGCAGCCUGCAGAUCAAGCAGCCGAUUGGUCGGCCACCUCCAACACUGCCUUCGCCAUCGAUCGGUACAGCAGGCUGUGAGGCCCGACUUUUCCUCUACAGCCUGCAGCGGUUUAAACGAGGAGAUCAUGGAGUUAGUUUCAAACUUUUCCUUCACAAUCAAAGAGACGAGACGAUUUUACAGACGUGUCUUCAUGUUUGA